AUGUAUAUACUUUGUUUUUUAUUUUUUUUUUAUUUUUUUUUUUGUUCUUCUGUUGAAAAUACUGGUUAUAUAUGUGAUUUCACAUCUGAAAAAUAUAAUUUGGGUAUUAAUAUAAAUAAAAGUGAAGAUGUAAUUUGUUAUCAUAAAUUAAGUCGUGGUGAUACUAUUGGAAUAAUUAUACCAAAAUAUGAGAAAGGAUAUGAGGACUUUCAUAUAAUAACAAAAUGCUUUGAUGAGAUUUCUCUAGAACCAUCAGGAGAUAGUAGAAAAUCUAUAUAUAGCAUAUUUAAGAAAAAUCAAAUUGAGUUAUCUGAAACACAAAUAACAUUUAAUAAUGAUAAUAAUACAUCUAUUUUAAAAAUUAAUGAAGUAGAAAAACCUACAUUAUUUUAUUGCAUCUUUGAAAAUAGAGAUGAUAAUAAAUUAUUAACUCAUAGGGGAAUAGUAGAAAUUUCAGUUGACAAAAAUCCAACUUAUAAUUCACCAUCAUCUACCGAUAUAAUUCUUGACUUAUUUAAUAAAUUGACACCAAAUGUAAACGUUGGACAAAAUUCAUUUUAUAUUAUGGGAUAUCCAGGUUAUACUUUAUAUAUAUUAGCGCAACUCUUAAAUAAACCACUUUAUUUUUUUAAUGAUAAUUGCCCACUUAAUUUUGAGAAAAUAGGAGAUAUAUAUAAAUACACAUUCCCUAAAGGAAAUGCACAAAAUUUUAAAUUUUUUUGUCCUAUGUAUUAUGAAGAUAAUAAUGUACAAAUUUAUAUUGCCCUUAUAAUUAUUGAAUUUCGUGAUGUAGGUCAAAGUUUGGAUGAUAUUAAAAAAGGUAUAAUAAAUAAACAAAUGAAAGAUGAUAUAGAAAAAAAUUUAAAUAAAAUGUUAAAUGGUGUAGAACAUGAUUACAUUGGUAAUGAUCAAUUACAAGGAUUAAGUAUAGAAAUGAACGAUGAAAAAAAUAUUGAUCUUCAAUUAGAUUAUCCCUGUAGAGAUUCAUGCAAUAAUGAUAAAUGCAAAGAUUUUUUUGAUAAUUCUUCUUGUUCAUCUAAAUGCGGUCAUGGAUAUAGAUUGAUGAAUGGGUAUGAUUUGAACAACAUUGCACAUAUUGUUGUACCCUGUAACAAUGGGGAAUGUAAAAUUGAAGAUGAAAUUGAACCUUUAAUUAUUUUUACUUAUACAUCGAUGAUUUUCUUCUGUAUAAUAAUUACAAUUUUUACUAUUAUGAUAUACUUCUUAAUAACUAAUCGUAACAAAAAAGUUGCAGAUCCAUUCGUUACUUAUGAUAGCAACUUAAAUACAUUAUAA